ACGAUCAAUUUCAUUGAAGAUCGUUCUUCGCCAAUCGGAGAAUUUCAUUCAUCGUAGUUUCCAGAACUGCAUUUUACCCGAUUGGAUUGUUCUCUCCCUCCUGAAGCCAUCAUUUUCGUCCAAUUUCGUCGCCGGAGUAGCCUCGCCGGAACCCUGCUGUGUCGAAAUCCAGUAAUCAACUGACGGUAUGUUCUGCGUCUACACUGGAAUGAGAAGUGGAGAGGUUGAAGAAAUUUGGUAGAUGGUUCGUUCUACAAGGAACCUCCGUCUUUAGUCAAAAUUUCUAUGGAGUUUUGAAGCUUCUCCGCGAGUACUUCGAACUAUAAGAAGAAUCGAAAUGAACGAAGGAUUUUGGAUUACGAAGGGUCUGGGGCAUGAAAAUGAUUCACAUUCAACUUUCGGCAGCCCUUCAUUAUCAGACGCAAAACGAGCACGUCACUGGUUUAUCGAUGGUUGUGAGACACAGGUUUUCCCGAACAAGAAGCAAGCAAUUCAAGCUCCAAAUAGUAAAAUGACAGGAAUUCUGUCAAAUGUGAAUGUUCUUCAUUGGGAGCAGCAUACUGAUAAUUAUCAAUCUGUUUCACAUCGACUUAUUGGUUGCGUAUUCGGACCCGAAUCACUAAGGUCUGCUGACUUACCUCUAACAAAAACAUCUUCUGUAAUUCCUGAUCAUUUUGAUCUCAGGAGAAAAGGUAUGGAAGACCAAUAUGGAGAUGAUGCAUCUAUAUCUCAUGGGUUGGAGGAUCAGGUUAAAGAUAAUGUACAUGAUCUGCAACCAUGUCCAAGAAGUAAUUCUAAUAGGGACGAUGACGGUCAACAAGCAAUAGAAGGUCGUCACUACAAGGAAAUUGAAACGGGUCUCGUAUCGAUGGGAUCGGCCUAUAUUAAGGAGGAUGACAGCUUCAGUUUGAUAAAUCAAACUGCCAAUGAUGGGGAUCACCAUUUUGGGUUACUAGAUCAUAGAGGGAAGAUAGACGACAAUGUUGUCUCCAUUGAUGAUGAUUACGGUAAGCAGGAUCCAAAUAUAAUCUCGUUUGGAGAAUUUCCUGAUGAGCAAGAUAUCAUCCCCUUAGGCAGGUCUCUUGGAAGCCACGACUCGACAUUCUACGAAUCUUCAUUCCAACCAUCUGAAGUUGUUGGUGUCACUGAUUUGGAACCAUCAAAUUUUGAUGUACUUGUAAGCAGUCCUCAGAUAGCUAUGCAAAAGCCUGAUAGGACACCAAAGAAUAGACCAGACUACAAAACGAGGAAAGAAGCUCCAAACAGCUUCCCUUCAAAUGUUCGAAGUUUGAUAUCGACUGGUAUGCUCGAUGGCGUUCCUGUGAAGUACGUUUCUGUAGCUAGAGAGUGGCUUCGUGGAAUUAUAAGGCGAUCUGGGUAUCUUUGUGGAUGCCAAUCUUGCAACUUUUCCAAGGUAAGUCAUCAAAAUUUGUCCUUGAUGCAAGAGUUGAAGAUGAAUUCAGUCAGAUCUAACUCACCCUUUGUGUUUCCUUGGAAGAUGCUUAAUGCGUAUGAGUUUGAGCGGCAUGCUGGCUGCAAAACAAAACACCCAAAUAAUCAUAUAUACUUUGAGAAUGGGAAAACUAUUUACCAGAUAGUACAAGAACUAAGAAGCACUCCGGAGAGCUUGUUGUUUGAUACCAUUCAAACCAUCUUCGGUGCACCGAUCAAUCAGAAAUCUUUUGGGAUUUGGAAAGAAUCGUUUCAAGCAGCUACGCGUGAGCUUCAGCGCAUAUAUGGGAAGGAUGAACUUAGCCUUCAGUAGAGUUCAAUGCCAGUUCUGUAAAUGUAGGACGAGAUUAGGUGGAUACUGUGCAGAGAAUCAAAUCAGGUUUUACUUGCUAACUGAUUUAUUGGUUUGGUGGUUUAAAUUCAAUUUCGUAUUUGCCAUUGCCAAGAAAAGAGGCAGUCAGUCAUGUAUCAAGUACAGUGAAGAAAUGGGGCUAGAAUUUAGAUUUUACACCUUAUUUGGAGUGUUUGUGGUGACCAUUCUAUGUUGGAAACUACAUCUUCAUUGUAAAUUGUAAAUUGCUUAGAAUGAAAACUUGAUUCUACUUCUGUGA